GAGGAAAAGAAAAUUGUCUGACAGAGAGACAGAGGAAGAGAAAAAAGAAGAGAACGAAAGAGAGGCGUAGAAAUCACGUUCAUACCAGAGCUACGGCCCCGACAAGCACCAUGAAGGCGACCUGCGACACUAUGGAGACGGAUGCCAUGAGAUACGGGAAGAUGCUCGGCUACAAUGUGGUACCAGACUACACCAACUACCUCGUCGUGCGGUCAGCCUACGGCUACGGUGACAUCAGCCACUCCUCUGCCAUUACCAGAAGUCCUGAGUCUCUACGUCUCCGUCACCAUGACACCUCUUUCGAGAGGACAGACAAGAUCAUGACCCCGCGAGAUAAGGUCAAUCAGCUGGUGAGAAAUGGUGGCUGUCCCAGACACAACACAAGAUCAGAUCCAAACGACUAUCUUGUCGUCCAAUCAGUGUACGGAUAUGGCAAUAUCAGCCAAUCGUCGUCAAUCAAGCGGGAAGGCGUUCAAUUCACACAUUCCAAUUCCUAAUUAGGACCGAACAUUUACACGAAAUUAACGUUCCCCACAGAAAACAAUAGGUUACAGGGAGACUUGUGAAAUGUUCACGGUUUUAUUUUCAUAUUUUUCAUUGUAUAAAAGUUGAAA